AUGAAAUGCUUCCAUGGGGGAGGUUAUGAUUUGUCUUUGCCAUGAUCAUGGACUCAUUGAAGAAGCUUGUGGUGUCUAAACUUGUUUAUACAAAGGAUAGUUUGGACUCAUAUGAUUGAUGGGUUUGUCAAGAAUGGCCUUCCAACAGUAAAGGGGGAACCUUAAUGGUUGCUCCAAUACCCAGUCAGAAUUUCUUAAAGUAAAGACUAAAGAAGAUUAUAUAAUUUCUAUUUGGUGGAGUCAAAAGAUUGUUUCCUAGCCUUUAAAAAAGAAAUUGCUUGAAAUUCUUCUUGAAUGAGCAUAUAUCUACAAGCCUUAGCUUAAUAUAACUACGUAAGCUAGCAUAAUGACACCAAAACUGAGGGAUCCGUGUGUGGUCGACAAUUUGAUUUCUUUAUAUAUUGGUUACAUUCUUGAUAAUCUCUUUAUUUUGCUCAUUUCCAUCUUGAAACAGACGGCAUUUAAGUCGAUGGAAUAAAUAAACUUCCAGGCAGUUUUGACAUCUGAAUCCUUUUCAACUAGCAACUGUUUAGCCUUCUUCGUUCAUUAAACCAUCACCUACCUUUUACUGUUGUAAUUUAAAAAUUAGGAAAUAUAAUAUUUAAACACCAUUUUUUUUGGGUUCAGCACUUGAAUGAUGCAUGUGGAGUAUAUGUGGUCAUAAUUGAUUGAAUGAAGCCUUCUCAUGAGAAUAAUUAAUAAAAAGAGAAAAGAUGGACUUAAAUGAAAAGCAUAGCAUAUUUUUUCACUUGCAGCAAUAGGAGGUUUUUACCAUUCAAUAAUGGAGAUCAAUGGCAGGAAGAGAACAAACCUUUUGUUUCUAAUACUGAUGUUGCUUUACUUUCAGCUACAUUUAAAAGCACAUGAAGAUCCAUCCUACAAAGAGAUCCCGGUGGGAGUGAUUCUAGAUAUGGGAUCAAGGGUUGGAAAGAUCAUUCAUAGCUGCAUUACCAUCACAUUAUCUGAGUUUUACAAGGUCAACAGUCACUAUCAGACAAGGAUAGUUCUGCACAACAGGGAUAUCCAAGGAGAAACACUGCAUGCUCUACAUACCGCUUUUGAGCUCUUGGAGAAGACAAAAGUGCAAGCGAUCAUAGGUUCAGAGUCGACAGCUGAAGAAACGUUCCUGAAGGUAUUAGGAGAUGAAGCUAGAAUACCUAUUCUUUCACUUUCACCGACUCCAUCUUCCAACAAGCAUCCUUAUUUCCUUCAAGUUACACAGGAUGAAACCACUCAAUUUAAUGGCAUUGCUGCAAUGGCAGAAUCCUUUGGAUGGAAGAAUUUGAUCGUUAUUUGUGAGAACACUGGUAAUGGGAGGGAUAUGGCUACAUUUAUGGCCAAUGCCUUCCGAGAGAAGAACAUAUCUAUAACGUUUAGGAGCCUACUUCCAACCUCUGCUAGCUAUGAACUUGUCUAGGAAGAGCUUCAUAAGCUUUCGACUAUGCGAACAAAAGUAUGUGUUGCAUAUUUCACCUUCUCUUGCAACCGACCUUUUGCUGAAUGCAAAAUAUCUAGGAAUGAUGGGUGAGGGAUACAAAUGGAUCAUCACUAGCAAGACUAUGGACUUCUUAAAUCUCUUGGAUGGUGAAGUCAUCGAGUCUAUGCAAGGGGCAGUGGGUUUUAAAUCAUAUAUUCCACAAUCAAGGGAACUUCGUAAAUUCACUUGGAAAGGAGAAAGGAAUAUGAUGGUAGGAGCCCAUUGAUGGAGGUCAAGGACAUAAAUGCUUAUGCUAUUUGGGCACAUGAUGCAGUUUCAGCACUAGCAAUGUCUGUUGAGAGCAUGCAAGCUGUUAAAUCGAAAUAUUUGGAAACGAGUGGCUCCAGCCAAAAGAGUACAGCACUUCUGAAUCAGAUAAAGAAUAUCAUUUCAAGGUUUAGGUGGUCUUUUCCAAUUUAGGAAUGGGAGGAUUACUGCACAAGUGCUAGAAAUAGUAAAUGUGAUAGGUAAAGGGAAACAUAGGGUUGGGUUUUGGACAACAGAUGCUGCUUUCACCAAAAAGAUUUGUAAGUAAAAUUCCUU